AGCAGGUCCACGCGCUGCCUGUCCUUCCCCCUUGCCGUCACCACAUGCCUGGCCUCCUCCAGCUGGACGCUCUACGGCCUCCAGCUCCAAGACCCCUACAUCACGGUCCCCAACGUGCCAGGGAUUGUCACCAGCAUCGUGAGGUUCUGGCUGUUCUGGCGGUACCGGGACAAGUCCCACAGACCCCUCCCCGCCUGA